UUUGACAAAGUGUGGUUUUUUUAGCUAAUUUGAUAAAUAAUAAAAAUUUGAUUUUUUUUAAACAAUUAAUUAGUUUAAAUUUAGUAAUGGUGUUCAGUGGUUGAAUAAGGGGACGCCUCAUCAAUCAUCAACUCAUCACUCCCAUCCGCACAUCUAAGAUGUCUUGGUUGACAUUUUCCCUUAUAUUAUGUUUAUUUUGUUUCCAAACGGGUGGCCUAGCUUCUGAUGAUGCUAAAAGUGACAAGAAUGUAGUUGUGGACUGCAGUACAUUGCGACUGGGACAGUAUAUAUGUCCGGAUCCUAAUAAAAAUCAAAUAGAUCCUAACACUCAGCAGUUUGCAGGAUGUACAAAAGGGAAAGAUGUUCCAUCGGAAGGCGAAGCUGAUGUACAGUGCAUAGCUGCUGAUGGAAUAAUAUGCAACCAAACCAGUAAUUCAACCUUUUGGAGAAAGAUGCCAUGUAAAUGGACGAAUGGUUACUCUUUAGAAGUAGCAUUAUUGCUGUCAGUUUUUCUGGGAAUGUUUGGCUUAGACAGAUUCUAUUUGGGAUAUCCUGGCAUUGGCUUAGCUAAAUUGUGCACACUGGGCUUCAUGUUCUUGGGUCAGCUGUUAGAUAUUAUACUCAUCGCCGCCCAGGUGGUGGGACCAUCUGACGGUUCAGCAUACGUAAUACCCUACUAUGGGGCUGGAGUUACUGUUGUCAGGAGUGAUAAUGAGACAUACCUGUUGCCGCAAGCAGACUGGCAUAACAUCACCUGACAGUGGGGAACCAUAUCCUUUGAAGUUGAUGAGGAUUAUGAAUGGACUUAAUUAAAUUUAGUAGAAUUAUUUCUAGUGAAAAGGGCUAUGAUAUCUAAAGAGACUUUCAAGCAUAAUAAGUUAAUGUGAUACUAACAUUAUAAUUUCCUUUCAAGUUUAAGUGUCCUUUUGAGAAAAUUUCAACAGUCAGCUCAGUGAAUUCUCUUAACAUACUCUGAAUAGAAAAUAUGUAAAUGACAAUACAAUUUACAAGUUUAAUGUGUAAGAGGCGGUUAAUUAUUAUUAUAGCAGUGAGUUGUUACCAAUAUAAAGAUUAACAUUGUUUUCAAACAAUGCUGUUAAGUCUCACAGACCAUCAGAAUGCAAUGUAGAAGGUGAUUAUUUUUUUUGGUGGUAUGUACCACCAAACAGCUACACUGUAUCCAUUUGGAAACACAGUUAGACAUAUAUUAUGUUUGUGGUGACCACAUGUGUAAUUUAAAUAAAAUUAUGUUGUACACAUAAUUUUAGUAUAAUACAUAAAGUGUAAAAAUGUAAAUAAAAUAAUUUUAACAGAAACAUUUUUAUUAAUAGAUCUCUUGAAAAGUAACCACAGUUUUUUUUUAUAAUAUAUUAGAUAGCUCUAAGGGCUAGCUAGCUAGUCAUUUCGUAAGCAUUAACUAGAAAACCAUUGAAAUUAAUAUUGUUCUUCUGUAGAAUUAUUUUACUAAUAGUGUGUUUCAUUCCUUAAAUUCAAUUUUGUCAUUCUGUGUGGCAGGUUGAG